GCCAUGGCCAAGAUCAUCAUCCCCCUACUGUGGCUCGUGACGGAGCUCCGCGCGAGCGCCCAGCAGGUCCUGCGCAUCGGGGGCAUUUUUGAGACGUUGGAGAACGAGCCGGUCAGCGUGGAGGAACUGGCCUUUAAGUUCGCAGUGACCAACAUUAACAGAAACAGGACACUGAUGCCCAAUACCACACUCACCUACGACAUACAGCGCAUCAACCUGUUUGACAGCUUUGAAGCUUCUCGCAGAGCGUGCGACCAGCUCGGGUUGGGGGUGGCUGCGGUCUUUGGCCCCUCCCACAGCUCUUCAGUCAGCGCAGUGCAGUCCAUCUGCAACGCCUUGGAGGUGCCGCACAUCCAGACCCGGUGGAAACACCCGUCUGUGGACAACAAGGACAGCUUCUACAUCAACCUGCACCCAGAUUACGCCCCCAUUAGUCGGGCUGUGCUGGAGAUCGUGCAGUUCUACAAAUGGAAGACGGUGACGGUGGUCUAUGAAGAUGCAACAGGUCUGAUUCGUCUCCAGGAGCUGAUCAAAGCUCCUUCUCGAUACAACAUUAAGAUAAAGAUCCGUCAGCUGCCGGUGGGGAGUAAAGACGCCCGGCCGCUUCUCAAGGAGAUGAAGAAAGGCAAAGAGUUCUGCGUCAUCUUCGACUGCUCGUACCAGACAUCAGCAGAGGUGCUCAAACAGUUGCUGUUUAUGGGCAUGAUGACCGAAUAUUACCAUUUCUUCUUUACCACACUGGAUCUGUACGCUCUGGACCUGGAGCCGUAUCGGUACAGUGGGGUGAAUAUGACAGGUUUCCGUCUGCUCAACAUUGAUAACCCUGAGGUGGCGUCUGUGCUGGAGAAGUGGUCCAUGGAGAGAAUGCAGGCUCCUCAAAAACCCGAGAGUGGCCUGACCGAGGGCAUGAUGACGACGGAGGCGGCUCUGAUGUAUGAUGCUGUUUACAUGGUGGCGGCGGCGUCCCAGCGAGCGUCCCAGAUCACCGUCAGCUCUCUGCAGUGCCACAGACACAAACCCUGGCGCUUCGGCUCGCGCUUCAUCAGCAUGGUCAAGGAGGCUCAGUGGAACGGGCUGACUGGACAAAUAAUCUUAAACAAGACAGACGGUUUGAGGAAGGAGUUCGACCUGGACAUUAUCAGUCUGAAAGAGGACGGCAUGGAAAAGAUCGGGGUGUGGAACUCAAAUUCAGGGCUUAAUUUGACAGACAGUGUUCGAGACAGGACGACUAAUGUUACAGACUCCAUGGCCAACCGGACCCUAAUCGUCACCACCAUUCUGGAAAACCCGUAUGUGAUGUAUAAGAAGUCAGAUAAGCCGCUGUAUGGGAACGACCGGUUCGAGGGCUACUGUCUGGACCUUCUGAAGGAGCUCUCCAACAUCCUGGGCUUUUCAUAUGAGGUCAAACUGGUGUCGGAUGGCAAGUAUGGUGCGCAGAAUGAUAAAGGCGAGUGGAACGGGAUGGUCCGUGAGCUCAUAGAUCAUGUGGCGGAUUUGGCCGUGGCUCCCCUCACCAUCACCUACGUCAGGGAGAAGGUCAUUGACUUCUCCAAGCCCUUCAUGACUCUGGGCAUCUCCAUCCUGUACCACAAACCCAACGGCACCAACCCGGGCGUCUUCUCCUUCCUCAACCCGCUCUCGCCCGACAUCUGGAUGUACGUCCUGCUCGCCUGCCUCGGGGUCAGCUGUGUCCUCUUCGUCAUCGCCAGAUUCACUCCUUAUGAAUGGUACAACCCACAUCCCUGCAACCCCGACUCUGAUGUGGUGGAGAACAACUUCACUCUGAUCAACAGUAUCUGGUUCGGCGUUGGAGCCCUCAUGCAGCAAGGCUCGGAGCUGAUGCCCAAAGCUCUGUCCACCAGGAUCGUUGGAGGAAUCUGGUGGUUCUUCACCCUCAUCAUCAUCUCCUCCUACACAGCUAACUUGGCUGCUUUCCUCACUGUGGAGCGAAUGGACUCUCCGAUCGACUCGGCCGACGACCUGGCCAAGCAGACCAAGAUAGAGUACGGGGCAGUGAGGGACGGGUCCACCAUGACCUUCUUCAAGAAAUCCAAGAUCUCCACCUACGAGAAGAUGUGGGCCUUUAUGAGCAGCCGUAAGAACACGGCGCUGGUGAAGAACAACCGUGAGGGGAUCCAGCGUGUGCUGACCACAGACUACGCCCUACUAAUGGAGUCCACCAGUAUCGAGUACAUCAGCCAGAGGAACUGCAACCUCACCCAGAUCGGGGGGCUCAUAGACUCCAAAGGGUAUGGAGUGGGAACCCCUAUCGGUUCUCCGUAUCGGGAUAAGGUGACGAUAGCGAUCCUGCAGCUGCAGGAAGAAGGGAAGCUGCACAUGAUGAAGGAGAAAUGGUGGAGAGGGAAUGGCUGCCCGGAGGAAGACAGCAAAGAGGCCAGCGCUCUCGGCGUGGAGAACAUCGGUGGAAUUUUCAUCGUUCUGGCCGCUGGACUGGUGCUGUCCGUCUUCGUGGCCAUCGGAGAGUUCAUCUACAAAUCACGCAAGAACCUGGAUGUGGAGGAGGUCAGUGUGGGUCAGUGCGAGUGGCACAACAAGUUCUGACAGACAGAACAUGUCCAGAGCCGUGGACGCUACGACUUACCCACAAAACGUUCUUCGGAACUUCUUUAUGAACAUUUUUUGUUCAGGACAGUCAACUUACGGAGCAGAACCAGGGCUGAUUUCAGCUUUGGUUGCCCACAGACUGUACGUGGACAUGACCAGCACUGAAAAAUCAAGCUGGACCACUCGGUGGGACGAUCCUUGCGCUGCAGUUUAAGAUAUGAAGAACUGCAACGCGGCAAUUGCAAAACUUUCAUAGGGUAGUUAGUUUCAACGUAGUUUUCACGUAGAUAAGAAAAACUUCUCUACUGAAACUCUUUUUCCUAAGAUAUCUUUUACGAAAGCUCUACAAUUGUCAUGAGCUUUCUCUUUCACACCUGAAGGAGGCCGAACAAGGUGAUUUAUGCUGAACAAGGACAUUUAAAAACACAAUCUAUAUAUAUUAAUAACAUUUUAUUUUAAUUGGUAAACAUUACAGUACUGGGCAAAAGUCAUAGACCACCUUUCAUUUCUUUAAUUUCCAGUCAAAACUGCGGUUAAGUAUGAGUUAUUUAUUGGGAUUAUACGCCCUUUUCACAAGAAACGGAAGUGCGUAACCGCUGGGUAAGGUUCCGCCACCUUACGGACAGUUACUAACCUCAGAAAUACAGGCGUUCGUAUCACUUCAGCACCACAGAAAGGUGUGUAACUUUAUCUUUGUCAUAGUUGCCAAGAUUGAGCAAUCUCAGCUAAGUUAACGUCUACAGAGUGAUAAAUCGCUGGAGGUGAAAUAAACUAUAACCAAAACGCUGGAUUAGCCAUGUUAGCCUGAGAUGUUGAAACAGCUCGCUAACAUUAAACUAGUUAAGCCAGCAAAAAGCUAAACACGUGCACAUCCCCACAGGGGGGCACGCCGGGUCGUCAGUGUCCGCAGCGCCACUGCAGACCUUUUCUGAUUUGCAUUUAUAAACACACAGCUGGUUUCCUGAUACGUUUAAUCUGCACAGAGAAACUGUCAAACUCUAAAAAGUCGCGAAGCUGAAGAAGCUUCUUGUUCGAAUUUUUCAGUUCCACCUUAAACGGUGCAGCAGUUACAUUCUGGUGGCUC